AAAACUGCUCCGCCCAAUUAGGAAGUGCAAUAGGGUGGCCUUGGUGGACCACUAUAAAACCUAGUCGGUUGCUCUGGGGAGCACAUUUGGUCUCAAGUGCUGCCAAACUAGCAUCAUGAAGGUCUUGGUUGUUUUGUGCGCAGUCGUAGCAAGUUGCUUGGCUAAGCCCGGCCUCGGCUAUGCUUACUCGGCCAUUUCACCCUUGACCUCCUACGGCAGCUACGUCGCCCCCUACAGCUAUGCCUACAGUGCACCCAUCAUCUCUGCUCCUUUGGCUGCCCCCUACGCCGUCCCAGCUGCCCCCAUCGCCCCCAUCGCCCCCAUUGCCCCAAUUGCCCCAGUAGCUGCCGUGAAAACCCAAUACCACUCACAAGAUGAGCUCGGACAAGCUAGCUACGGACACAGUGAACCCUUCCAGGCUCACUCUGCAGUUCAGGAUGCUGCCGGCAACAAGGUCGGAAGCUACAGCUACGUCGACCCCCACGGCGCCGUCCACCAGACCAACUACGUAGCCGACAGCUUGGGAUACCGCGUCGCCGCCAACGACCUCCCCGUCGCCCCGGCCGGCCCAGGCCCAGUCGUCCCCGCCGAGACCCCCGAAGUCGUCGCCGCUAAGGCCGCCCACUUCGCCGAACACGCCGCCGCCCGCUCCCGCGCCCGCCGCUCCCCCUACUGGGGCCCACAAGCCCUCCCCGUAGUCACCCCCAGCGGACACUUGGCCGACACCCCUGAAGUCGCCGCCGCCAAGGCCGCCCACUUCGCCGAACACGCCAAGGCAUCCGGACACGCCGUCGCCGUCCCCUACGCCGCCCACUACACCGGACACUACGCCGGACCCUACGCCGUCCCCGUCGUCACCCCCAGCGGACACUUGGCCGACACCCCUGAAGUCGCCGCCGCCAAGGCCGCCCACUACGCCGAACACGCCAAGGCAUCCGGACACGCCGUCGCCGUCCCCUACGCCGCCCACUACGCCGGACCCUACGCCGCCCCCGUCGUCACCCCCAGCGGACACUUGGCUGACACCCCCGAGGUUGCCGCCGCCAAGGCCGCCCACUUCGCCGAACACGCCAAGCAAGCUGGAGUCGCCCCCGUAGUCCCCUACUCCGCCUACCACGCCGGACACUACGCCGGACCCUACGCCACCCCAGUUGUCACCCCCAGCGGUCACUUGGCUGACACCCCCGAAGUUGCCGCCGCCAAGGCUGCCCACUUCGCCGAGCACGCCAAGCAGAGUGGACACGCUGCCCACGCUGUCCCCUACGCCGCUGCCCACUGGACCGGUUACACUGGAUACGCUGGACCCUACGCCGCCCCCGUCGUCACCCCCAGUGGAUUCUUGGCUGACACCCCCGAGGUUGCUGCCGCUAAGCACGCCCACUUAGCCGAGCACGCUCGCCGUGGAAAGCGCAGUCUCUUCUACCAGACCCCAGCCAGCACCUCUCCUCUCGCCGCCUCAAUCGUUGCUGCCCCAGCCGUAGCUUACGCCGCCCCCGCCGUAUCUUACGCCGCCGCCCCAGCCGUUUACUCCGCUCCCGCCGUAUCUUACGCCGCCGCCCCAGCCGUAUACUCCGCUCCCGCCCUCGGAGUCGCAGCCAUCAAGACCGACAUCGUCCAUACCCCCGGACAUGCCGUCAGCUACAGAAUCGACCCAGUCGCUUAAGGCCGAAUCUCGAGGCCACCAUCGAGGCCAAAGCUGAAAGAGACCACCAGUCGGGCCUCUGACGAAAUGUGAUAGACCAUUAAAUGUACCGUUUUAGGAUUACAUGUGUACAUAGGAUUCCUAGGUUUUUUCAAAUUUCCUGCCAUAUUGUCUGUUGAUUUAUUUUUUACUUGCCCUCGUUUGUUCUCAAAAUUUACGGUGAAUAAAUUAAAUUAUACCAUUCCCUAA